AUGGAAGAAGUAAAUCAAACCACUGAAUUGUUUGGUGAUUUUUUACUCAUAGGCUUUGUCAAUCUCGAGCAAUAUCGCUUUUAUUUCUUUGUUUUCUUCCUCAUUAUCUACCUCUGGACACUGAGUGCAAACGCAGUUAUAAUCUUGGUGGUUUGGUCUAACACAAGCCUUCAUAAUCCUAUGUACUUCUUCAUCGCCUGUUUAUCCUUCCUGGAUUUGUGGUUUGUGACCAUUACUGUUCCCAAGCUCCUGUCUCUACUGCUGACCAACAACAAAAGGAUCUCAUUCCAAGCAUGCUUUGCUCAGCUCUACAUGUUCCACAGCCUAGGCAUCAGUGAAUGCAGCUUGUUGGCUAUUAUGGCCUUUGACCGUUGCAUGGCCAUAUAUACUCCUCUGAGAUACCCCACUAUUAUAACUGGAAGAGUAUGUAAGGUGGUAACUUUUAUAUGUUGGUGUUAUGGGUUCCUGAUUGCAAUAAUGCCAUUGACUCUUACUGUAAGACUUCCAUACUGCAAAUCACAUGAAUUAAAACACUAUUUCUGUGACCUGGCACCACUUCUGAGUUUGGCAUGCGCUGAUAUAACCCCUAUAAACACUGCCAAUCAAUCAGUCAGCACUAUCGCUACCUUGUUCAUCCCUCUCUUUAUUUUGCUUAUGUAUAUAAUUAUAAUAUACUCCAUAAUGAAGAUAAAGACAAAGCAAGGACGGAGUAAGGCCUUCUCCACCUGCUCAUCACACCUGGCCACAGUCAUUCUAUUUUUUAGCAGUAUUUUUGUUGUCUAUGUUGUACCAAAAGAACUGCAUAAUGUGGAGACUGACAAAAUUUAUGCACUAAUUUACAACAUGUUCCCACCUUUGAUUAAUCCAUUAAUCUAUAGCUUAAGGAACAAAGAUGUUAAAGAAGCUCUUAAAAGAAGCAUCCAGAAAUUGCAGGAUAGCAUGAAGUGA